GGGUAGAACUUUCCGGCACGAGACAGGCUUUGUGUGUGGUACACGCGCACGCACACACACACACACACACACACACACACUGGCAGGCGCUGACUGCAGGAUUAGGGAGCUACGGACUUUCGCACUCGUGAGCUUUUGCCGGGAUAUCCUGUCUGAGAGAGACGCGCUAGCACGACCUCCCCAGCCUGGAGUCUCUUCUGGGCUUGGACUCAUUGGAUGUUCAGAGUAGAAAGCUACAUGACAGACGGAGGACUGAGCAUUUACGCGCGGCGGCUGAACCGGCUGCCUGACGGGAUGGCGGUUGUUCGAGAGACGCUCCAGCGCAACGCCUCCACGGGACAGGGGGACGCCGACAGCUGGGACGACAGCAGCUCAGCGAGCAGCGGGAUCAGCGACACCGUGGACACGGACGACAUCAACACCAGCUCCUCCGUCAGCUCCUACGCCAACACCCCCGCCAGCUCCCGCAAGGCCUGCCACAGGACGACGGACUCGGAGAAGCACUCUCUGUCAGAGCGCAGCUCGGCCUGGUCGGGAGACGAGGUGAAGCGGGCGGACGGGGGCUCGGACAGCGGCGCACGCACGGAGCCCGGCUCAAAGUGGCGCCGGAACCCCUCGGACGUCUCGGACGAAUCCGACAAGAGCACCUCGGGCCGCAAGACCCCCGGCGUGUCCCAGACGGGCUCCUGGAGGCGCGGCAUGACGGCCCAGGCGGGCAUCACUGCUCCCCGCGCCAAGGUGCCGGUCGCCACGGGAACCUGCUCGCUCAAGACCCACGGGACAGGGAAGACGGACGACGCCAAGGUGUCGGAGAAGGGCCGGCUCUCGCCCAAGCCCGUUCACGUUCAGCGCUCUCCCUCGGACGCCGGGCGGAGCAGCGGGGACGAGGCCAAGAAGCCCCCCUCCAGCGCGCCGCCCCGCGCCCCCACCAGCACUUUCGGCUUCAAGAAGACGACCGUCACGGCCAGCGGAGCCGUCAUCACCAGCGGCUCCGCCACCCUGGGCAAGAUCCCCAAAUCCGCGGGGCCCCUCGGGGGCCGUCCCACGGGCCGCAAGGCCAGCGUGGACGCCCAGGACGACGGCUGCCUGCCCUCCAUCGCCCGCGGCAACCUGCAGUACCGCAGCCUGCCGCGGCCCGGCCGCUCCGGGGGAGGGGCCUACGCGGCGCGGAGCGCCAACCGCUCGUCCAUCACCGGCAUGGAGGCCGGCCUCCCCGCGCCCAAAGCCCGCGACCCCCCUCCCAACCGCACCGACCGCGAGAAGGGCGUGUCCUCGGACGCAGAGGGAGCCAAGCCAGCGGGGGGCGCUGUGGGCGCACCGCAGGGCGGGAGGCAGCAGGGGGCCAAGUACGCUGACGUGUCGUCCCCCACGCUGCGCAGGCUCUUUGGAGCGAAGCCCUGCAAACAGGCCCCCAUCACCACUAUGGAGAACAUGAAGAGCUCCACGGUCAUCUCCAACCCGCACGCCACCCUGGGCCAGCAGGGGGCGCUGGACUCCCCCUCGGGCAGCGGGGGCAGCAGCCCCCUGUACGGGGGAGGCAGGGCGGGGGGCGAGCAGCCUGACCUGGGGCACCACCACUCCCCGCCGGCCUCCAGCCCCGGCUCCGCCUACUCCGGCCCGUCCAACAGCCUGACCUGGGGCACCACCCUCAGCAGCGGCUCGGCCCCCGCCUGCCCCUCCGCCAGCAGCCUGCACACCAGCUGCGAGUCCAUCGACGUGUCCAUGAGCAGCGCUGGGCCCGUGCACCACGCGCCCCCCAGGGACCACGCCCGCUCCGGCAGCACCAAGACCGGCGCGUCCGAGAGUCCCAAAUUCACCCGAAACACGUUGCCGCGGAAACAGGACAGGUACGCCCCGCUGCCCCACCUGCGCAGUCACGAGGAGGCUAAAGAGUGGCUGCGCUCACACUCCGCAGGGGGGCUGCAGGACUCGGCCAGCAACUCGCCCUUCUCCCCCGGGUCCAGCCUCACCUCUCCCUCCGGCACGCGCUUCAGCUUCGGCCAGCUCGGCAGCCCCACCACGGCCGCGCAGAUCAACCUGGCCAGCCUGCGCUCCAACAGCCUGUCCAAUCAGGACGGCUCGUACGACCCCUACAGCGACACCCGCCUCCGCAACUCCUCCAUGUCGCUGGACGACAAGACCCGCACCAUGAGCCGCUCUGGGUCCUUCCGGGACGGGUUCGAGGAGGUCCACGGGUCCUCGCUGUCCCUCGUGUCCAGCUCCUCCUCAGUCUACUCCACGCCUGAAGAGAAGUCCCAGUCUGAGAUCCGGAAACUCAGGAGGGAGCUGGAUUCCUCCCAGGAGAAGGUCUCUGCACUGACCACGCAACUGAGCGCUAACGCCCACCUGGUGGCAGCCUUCGAGCAGAGUCUCGGGAACAUGACAAUCCGGCUCCAGAGUCUCACUAUGACGGCCGAACAGAAGGACUCUGAGCUGAACGAGUUGAGGAAGACCAUCGAGUUCCUGAAGAAGCAGAACGUGGCGGCGCAGGCGGCCAUCAACGGUGUGAUCAACACCCCAGAGCUCACCUGUAAAGCCUCGGGGAACGGCGCGCAGCCGGACCUGCGCAUCCGCAGACAGCACUCCUCCGACAGCGUGUCCAGCAUCGCCAGCGUCACCAGCCACUCCAGCGUGGGCAGCAGCCUGGACCAGGACACCAAGAACAAGAAGAAGAAGAACUGGCUGCGGAGCUCCUUCAAGCAGGCGUUCGGCAAGAAGAAGUCUCCCAAAUCGGCGUCGUCGCACUCUGACAUCGAGGAGAUGACCGACUCCUCACUCCCCUCCUCCCCCAAACUGCGCCACAACGGCUCCACCUCCUCCACGCCCAUCCUGAGGAACUCCCAAUCCAACUCCCUGCUCUCGGAGUGUGUGGACAGUGAGGCGGAGACGGUGAUGCAGCUGCGCUGUGAGCUGCGGGAGAAGGAGAUGAAGCUGACGGACAUCCGGCUGGAGGCCCUGAGCUCCGCCCACCAGCUGGACCAGCUGCGCGAGGCCAUGAACCGCAUGCAGUCUGAGAUUGAGAAGCUGAAAGCGGAGAACGACCGUCUGAAGUCAGAGACCCAGGGCCCCCACAGCAGGCCUGCCUCCCAGGUGUCCCUCUCCCCCUCCCCAAACCCGCCCCCCGCCCUGUCCCAGCACGGACUCAACCUGACGGAGUCUACCAGCCUGGAUUUGCUGCUGGACAGUAAUGGAGAAGGCAUCAUGCACAAAGAGGGACGUCAUGUCAAGAUCAUGGUCACCCUGGAGGACGACAUCAAGCGCACAGAGGAGUGUAGGCCUCGUCACUUCCUGAUUGGCUGCAUCGGUGUCAGCGGCAAAACCAAAUGGGACGUCCUGGACGGGGUGGUCCGCCGCCUCUUCAAGGAGUACAUCAUCCACGUGGACCCAGCCACGCAGCUGGGCCUGAGUUCAGACAGCGUGGUGGGGUACAGCAUUGGGGACAUCCACCGCACAGCCGGCGCCGAGACUCCGGAACUGCUGCCGUGCGGCUACCUGGUGGGAGAGAACAACACCAUCUCGGUCUCUCUGAAAGGCGUGUCGGCGCACAGCCAGGACAGCCUGGUGUUUGAGACGCUGGUGCCCAAGCCGGUGCUGCAGCGCUACGUGACCCUGCUCCAGGAGCACCGCCGCAUCAUCCUGUCGGGCCCCAGCGGCACGGGGAAGUCCUACCUGGCCGGCCGGCUGGCCGAGCACGCCGUGCUGAGGGAGGGCCGCCCGCUGGGCCCCGGGGCCAUCGCCACCUUCAACGUGGACCACAAGUCCAGCAAGGAGCUGCGGCAGUACCUGUCUAACCUGGCUGACCAGUGCAACAGCGAGAGCCAGGCGGAGGACAUGCCCCUGGUGGUCAUCCUGGACAACCUGCACCACGUCAGCUCCCUGGGGGAGAUCUUCAACGGCCUGCUCAACUGCAAGUACCACCGCUGCCCCUGCAUCAUCGGCACGAUGAAUCAAGCCACGCCGUCCACUCCAAACCUCCAGCUGCACCACAACUUCAGGUGGGUGCUGUGCGCCAAUCACACGGAGCCGGUGAAGGGCCUGCUGGGACGUUUCCUGCGGCGGAAGCUGAUGGAGACGGAGAUCAGCAGCCGUUCGCGGAAUUCAGAGCUGGUGAAGGUCAUCGAGUGGAUCCCUCAAGUCUGGCACCACCUCAACCGCUUCCUCGAGGCGCACAGCUCCUCCGACGUCACCAUCGGGCCACGCCUCUUCCUGUCCUGCCCUAUGGACCUGGAUGGGUCACGGGUGUGGUUCACCGACCUGUGGAACUACUCCAUCAUCCCCUACGUGCUGGAGGCUGUCCGGGAGGGCCUGCAGCUGUACGGCAGGAGGGCUCCCUGGGAAGACCCGGCGCUGUGGGUGAUGGAGUCGUACCCGUGGGCCGCCGGCCCCCAGCAGCCAGACUGGCCCCCCCUGCUGCAGCUGCGGCCCGAAGACGUGGGCUUCGACGGCUACUCCGCCGCCCGCGAGGGCCCCCACACGCAGGCCCCCCCGAGCGCCGCCGAGGGGGACCCGCUGAUGAACAUGCUCAUGAGGCUCCAGGAAGCAGCCAACUGCUCCAGCCCCCAGAGCUACGACAGCGACUCCAAUAGCAACAGUCACCACGACGACAUCCUGGACUCCUCUCUGGAGUCCGCACUCUGAUUCUGUCCUCCCCUUUUUCUUUUUUUUUUCUUUUUUGUCCUCCCUUUUUCCACCACCCCUUACCCCAACAGCAAGAACACGCCCUAAGAAGGCUGGGCUUUGUCUUGACUUGACAGCCCAACAAGCCAAUCCCUCGUGGGUGCAGGUAACCCACAGGAGGAUGAUUUUUUAAAGAAACAGACUGCACUGCUCUACUGUACUAUUUUUACACUGCGCUGUGUGUUAACAGCCUUCCCAGUUGAGCGUACGCUAGCCGACAGCACUCGAGAACACUGCGGAGCCAAGCACUGUGCCAAGCCUCUAGCUCGCUCGAAGAACCACUCGGCCCCUCCGUGCUACUGCGAGCGAACACCCUCGCUGCCCUCCGCAGGACGCCGAAGGAAGCCUGCAGUUCACUGGCCGAUGCUGCGUUAAAGCUUUAACAGGUGUCUAGUGCACUCAGACGCUCUAUGGUACCCUGCACGUCCAUUUUUGAGGAGGAAAUUGUGAUUUCAUUUCAAAAAGGAAAUUACUGAAUGGGUCAUUUUGCCUUCUUUUCCCAUGCUGGAGUUUACCAGGUGAUUGUGUGCGUGUGCGUGUGUGUGCGUGUGUUUGUGUGCAUGUGCGUGCAUGUGUGUGUUUGUGUGCGUUUGUAUGUUUGUAUAUGUUUGUGUGUGUGUGUGUGUUUGUGUGUGUGUGUUUGUGUUUGUGUGUGUAUGUGUGUAUGUUUGUGUGUGUGUAUUGGGGGGGGGCUUGGUGUCAAGCCAGUCCGUCGCGUUCACAGACGUUCACAGCUGAGAAUGUAAAAUGCCGCAAAAAUUGUACGAAGCACAGCCACCGCUAACAGCCAUGCCCGUACCAGACGCAGUGUUAAAAUGAUCACGUUUCCAGCCCCCCCCCCGGCAGUUACCACGGUAGCACAGAGAUGGAGGUACCUCCCCAGCGCAUGUGCCGCUUUCUUACUGUACCUCUCAAUAGUUAUCGCAAUAAAAUAUGCAUUACAACGAUGUGGAAUGUCUGCCUCUGAAGUGACGUUUCGCAGGCCGUUAGCACAACGACGUGUCGGUGCCCGCUUACUCGCCACACCUGUCCGCCACGCCCAUCACCGCCUUACAUCACUGCUACACGCUAGCCAGCUUUAUUAGCCUAGCCUACCGCUACGCUGACACACAAGGGAGGCCGUAACCGCCACGCUAAUAAUGCAAGAGUGGCGUAGGGACGGUGUUAGCCUUAAAGAAACCCGUGUGAUGUUUACUUCGCGUUCGUAACAAGUUCGAGUCGGAUCCGAUCACUCGUUUCCACGUUUGACGCCGACUUGGCUGCCAGGUUAGCAUUAGCUGGGUUGGUUGUGACAUCGGACCUGUACUUCGUAGCAUCGUUGCAUACUUGACGGACUACAGUGGUUGGCACUGUUGCCUCACAAGGCUGAGGGUCAGGGUUCAAGUCCCUGCUGGUUGGAGCUUCCUCCAGGUACUCUGCUUUGCUCCCACAGUUGAAAGCAGAUGCAGGCAACAAGGGCUAUAUCCGUUGCUUGGUUUCACUCCAACUUCUGGCCUUAAUUAACCCUAACAUUUACGCCAGCCAUCUUCAAAUCUGGACCUGGAAUCCAAAUCUAGCCCUGGGUUUCUUUGUUCCCAGGUAAUUAGCUGAAUAAUUAGUACAGCUGUCUUCACACCUGACUCCCAGGUAAAGGGAGGGUGGAAAACCAGCAGUCCUUGGACCUCGAGGGCCGUGAUUUGAUGAUCCCUGAUCCGUGAUUCGUCCCUGAUCUGAUAUUACAGCUACAUUUCUUCAUAAGCACAGGAGUGACAGCCGAAGACUUCUUGAGUCCCGAUAUGUAAGGCUUUACUGUGACAUAAACUCGGAGUGAGCUGGUAUUCAUCCAGCCUGUUAGCUCAUUUAACCCGGGUAAUUGGUGGAAACUAAGAGUUGCAUGCCUACCUGGCCCUCCAAGACCAGAAUUUACCACUCUUGGUCUAAAGGCUCCAGGGCUUGCAAAAGAGAUGUCAUUCUCAAUGUGACUACCCUGGUUAAAGGUUGAAUAGAUACUAAUAAAAUAACUUCUUAGAAGUCUUAGUAGGCUACCACUACUGUUUAGAGAAAAAUGUGGAACUUUAUCCUAAAAUCAGUUGUUCAUAAAUUAAUCUGCUACACUCUGUGACCACUUUAUUAGGUACACCUGUACACUAGCUCAUUAAUGCACAUAUCUAAUCAACCAAUCAUGUGGCAGCAACCCAACCCAUAAAGCAUGCAAAUGUGGUCAAGAGGUUCAGUUGUUAUUCAGAGCAAACAUCAGAAUGGGGAAGAAAUGGGAUCUAAGUGACUUUGACUUUGACUGUUGGUGCCAGAUGAGGUGACUUGAGUGUCUCAGAAACUGCUGAUCUCCUGGCAUUUCCACGUAGAAUAGUGUUUACAUUUUUAUUUGUGGAAAUCAAAGCUCAUCCAGUGAGUGGCAGGUCUGUGGGUAAUGAGAGAGGUCAGAGGAGAAUGGCCAAGCUGACAGGAAGGCGACAGUAACUCAGAUAACCACGUUUCAGCAGUGGUAUUCAGAAGAGCAUCGCUGAGCACACGACAGAUCGAAACUUGAAGUGGAUGGGUUGCAGUAGCAGAAGACCAAUAAGUCUGAACAAGAAAUAAAAUACCUCAUAAAGUGGUCACUGACUUUAUCACAGGUCACAGGGCUGACACACGGGAAAACGUCACAAAGCUGAGCCGGUUUCAGACGAGGUGAAAAGCGACUUCACAGCUUUACAUCCGAUUAGUUUGUGUAGCGAGACCUCGAGUUUGCUUGUGUAGUCCUUAAACCAACCAAUAAUCUCAGUGUUCACGUUUGUUCCUUCUCCCAUUACUUCAGGUAUGGUUCCGGUUCGUAGCACACUUUAGCACUUUCUAUUCAAGGUCUACACACAAGCACACGUACGCACACAUACACAGGAACACAUGCAUGAUGACACACACACACACACACACUCACACACACCACGUACAUGUGUAUGCAGUAGCAGCAGAACUGGUCUGUGUCCCUCCAGCAGCGAGCACCCUCUCACAGGAGUCAUACGGGCUGUGCCGAACAUGUUUUUGGUGCUGAACUUGAAAUCGAUGCCUUACUUUUUUUGUAACGAUCACGCUGACAUGCAUUGCUGCCGUCCUCUUCCGCUCUGUUUCACGGUCAGUUAGCAGGGCUGCCAUGUCACUCCCGCAGACUCAGUGCACUGUGACGUUCUUCUUCAUAUCAAACGCUAAUAACGCGUCACCGCCAGGUAAAACGCAAAGCCAAGUCUCUUCUGGUUUUUAGCUGAAUUAACGUAACUUCUUUGCAGCUAGUUGGUCACGACUUGUUUCCAGGAGUUUUGGCUGUUGUCAAAGUUCAGAGCUGACUUUGGACACCACAGGAAAUGGGUGUUUACUCAGUGCCCACUUAUAAUGUACUGUACACUUAUAAUGUACUGUACAGAUUUGAGAAGAUGGUGGGGGAAAAUUCCUAGCUGAUAAUGCCUAGGUUUUUCUGAUACCUCAUGCGCCUUUAAACUUCAUUACCAUCGUCCUGCUUGUAUGUAUUUUCUUUAUUUUCCAAAAAUUGUGACAGAAUUGUACUUUCACUGCAUGAAAUGUGACAAACAUGUAUUUGCUGCUCUGUUUUAAGUAUGUUUACUUAAAAUGGUGGAUUGGAUGGGGGAGGGUGUGGGGGUAGGGGGAAUGCACAUGCUUAAUUGUUUUCCCCCUGUCGUUGUAUAUUAAAAUUGGGUUUCUUUAAAUUUAAAAAAGAUUAUGGCAAAGAAUCGCUUUAGGGAAUCUUUCAACACAAGAGGCUUUGAAAGGGUGAGAGUAGCACCAGUGCUUUGAGACCUGCCUGGUCUAGCAGGCUUCUCUCCAGCAUUAAUGUGGGGGGGCCAUUUGCGUUAAGCGUAAAUGGACUUGCUUUAUUUGAGGCAAACACACUGUUACCCUUUUGAAUCCCUGUAAGAUGGUGUUUUCAGACCUGCUCUUGUUCGUAAGACGUACGGAUUCAGUCGUUCCUCUCACAGAGCUUCCAUUACCUAUCACUGUUUGAACUUGUUCAUUUUGAGUGUUCUUAGUUACCAAUUCUAUGCAACAUUCAUCUUGAAUUUUUAAUGGAAGCCAAAUAGUUUCCUAGUGUUUUCGGUACUGCCAAGAAUUGUACAGUGAAGAAAGAGGUAUGUGAAUGAUUUUGGGGCCUUUAUUUUAACUGGCAUUUUAUGGAUGUGUUUUGUUUUGUUUUUUUUGCAAGCACAAAUAAGGUAAACGUUGGCCCACUUGUGAACAUUUUCCCAGAAGUUUGAAUGUUGAUAUUUGCUGGAAGGCUUCUGUUGAAUUUAGUUGUUUAAAGGUGGAACCGUCCUUUAAUGAAUGUGUACUUUAACAUGUAAAUUCUUCUUUGUAAAAUAAUGUAAAUAUUUGAUUACAGUGCUGCAUUUUGAUGAAGUUCUUCUAGCCAUUUUUAAAACUGAACGAGUAACUGACUGUCCUGUACAGUUUGCUCAUCUACACGGAACUUUCAAGUUAGUCAUUAACAGUCUGUUAGAGAUCAUGACUCUCUUGAAAAUAUAUCUGAUCACUGUACCAGUCUUAAAUUAUUGAUGAUUUAAUAAAAAUGAAUGCUUAUUUAUUAA